AUGGUUGAGGCAUCGGUUGAGAUAUUUUUAACCGAUGCAUCCAAUGAUGAUAAUCCGAUUACUGUUGAAAAAAAUGAAAAUGACGCCUCAAAAUUCAUCGGUUCAGGUCGCUCUCAUGCACGAAAUGGUAAAUAUUCUCAAGCUAUAACUGAUCUAGCCCAUGCUACACAUUUACAACCAACGAAUUAUGAAGCAUUUUAUUAUCUCGGAUUAGCAUACCUCAAGGAUAAACAGCUUGAAGAAAUGUUCAUGGCUUGUAAAACAAUUGCAAGCGGUAGAGUGAGACCGAUGGAAGGUAAACUUGGAACAUUCGCCGAUGUUAUAACACUCGCCGGUGAGCUUAUUUCACUUGUACCUGUCGUUGGAGAGCCGAUAAGUAAAUUUGCACAACCAAUUUCUAUGAUUGCUAAAGCGAUUGAUUACAGGCAACAGAGAAAUACUAUGACUCACAUAGCUAACUUAGGAACUACACAAGAAUUAUGGAAGAUAUCCCAGUCUGUUGCACAACAAUUGACAGAAAACUACCGACCAUUACUCUUGGAAUUGCUUUCUUCAAACAAAGAAGAUGAUGAUGAUGAUGAAACUGAGAAGCAAGUAUCUGAAGCAAAAUGUUGUGGUUGUAUACCUAAAUCCAGUUGCUUCAAAAGUAAAAGUUCCGAAGAAAAUCAUGAACAUCCACUUACUAGGCAAGGUUAUAUCCAGCAAGUGAGAGAUGUUGCAGAGUAUGCUGUUGCACUCAUGCUAGAAUUUUUACUAAACCAUGAAAAAGUUGAUCAUGUGAAAAAACAAAUGGACCGAAAAUUGAUUUCUGAUGCAAAGAAAACAACGAACGAAAAAUCGAUUGACGGUGAAUUGCAGCCAUUGGUCGAAAAAUUGGUUAAUGCUGUGCGUACUCCAUUAGAAGAUCAAUUUGGAAUAGAUUUCAUUAAAAAUGGCUUUGAGUAUUAUCCAGAUUAUUGUCGUCCACAAACUGCACCUACAGCGGAGUGGCAUCGAUUAGGACGACAAAAUUCUAAUGCACGAUCGACUAUUUUUAAUAGAAGUCCUUAUCUUGAUUCGCGAUCUUCAUCUCCAAAAAACGUAAUCAAAACACGGUAA